CUUAUACUUGUGUGCAAGUGUGUAAGAUAAUCAAAUCUUGUCUGCUUUGCAGGAAUCAACAGAACUGCAUUGCGUGAAAUCAAGCUUUUGCAAGAGCUGAGGCAUCCAAACAUUAUUGGGGUGAAAGAGUUUUAAAAUAUUUCCACUCAGCUAUUUAGAUAUAUUAAAUGCUAUAUAUUAAAUACUCUCUCAGCGGUUUUUGUGCACAACAUAAAAUUUUGACAGUGCUGUUUUCAAGUAGUUCUGUUUUGUUCAGUGCUUUAUGUUGUCCAUCAAGAUACAGACUUGUGAUCAAUGAUGACUUGCAGUCUUUUUAGUCCAGCAGUUUCUUCCUCGCCCAUGUUCUGUGUAGGGUCUGUUGUUAACAUCAAACAGUAUUUUAAUCUCCUUGUUGUAUCUUCACAGCUUCUUGACGUAUUUGGUCACAAGUCCAACAUCAGUCUUGUAUUUGACUUCAUGGAAACAGAUCUUGAGGUUAUAAUAAAAGAUACAAGUAUUGUGCUUAGCCCUGCAAACAUUAAGAGUUACAUCAUAAUGACAUUGCAAGGUUUGGAAUACCUUCACAUGAACUGGAUCCUUCAUAGGGAUAUGAAACCAAAUAAUUUGUUGAUUGAUGAUAAAGGAGUUUUGAAGAUUGGUGAUUUUGGACUUGCAAGAUCUUUUGGAAGUCCUACAAAGGUGUAUACUCAUCAAGUGGUGACAAGAUGGUACCGUCCUCCUGAGCUUUUGUUUGGAGCAAGAAUCUAUGGUACAGGUGUUGAUAUGUGGGCUGUUGGUUGCAUUUUAGCAGAGCUUCUGCUACGGGUUCCCUUUUUACCAGGUAGUUCUGAUUUAGAUCAACUUACCAAAAUAUUUGAAACUCUUGGUACUCCAUCAGAAGAUUCCUGGCCAGGUGUCACAUCUUUGCCAGACUAUGUGGAGUUUAAGAAAUUCCCAGGGAUUCCUUUAAAAGACAUAUUUUCUGCUGCUGGUGAUGACCUUUUGGACAUGCUUGACAGACUUCUGGAUUGUAAUCCUGCUGGCAGAGUAAAUGCAACUCAAGCUCUGAAGAUGCCAUACUGUUCUAACAAACCUGUCCCCACCCCUGGCCACCUACUGCCACGCCCUAAAAUAUCAGCACUUGGGGCGAGUAAAAAAGAGGAGGAGAAUUCAUUGAAAAGAAAAAUGCUUGAUUCAAUGGCUGAUUCAGGUUCUAUCAGAGCAAAGAAGCUGGUAUUUUAGUGCAUUUUUUUCCUAAGUUGUACGAACCACGCUCCAGCAAGACAAACUCUCGCUUAAGGAUUUUUUCUUUGUGUGUUAUUCGACACAAAUCGGACAUCAACCAUGCUAUGACCAUCGGGCAGGGGUUCUUUCAGUUCAGGAUGGCUUUCAAAAGAGCAAGUUGCGGUAGAGCAAGUUGAACGACAAUCAUAGCGAGCGUGGAGUAAUGUCCUAUAAACCGAAGUUUUGGAGGUAAAAAGUUGACAGUUGCGAGAGCCAAGCGGAACUGUCGUUAACUACCUAAUUCACGAACAAGUGCCAUUGUUGCGAACAAAUGCCAUUGGAACAAACGAACAAAUGCCAUUGGAAAGUGCCAUUGUUCCUUUGCUGUGGUAGUGCCAGUCUCUCGCCAGCGCGUAUUUGAAGUGAGAAACAACAGGGAAGGGGUCAGCCCAAAAUUGUUGAGAGUGGCAUUACGUUCACCCGAAAAGUGGUCAUCUGUUUAGAAAAGGGGUGCAUAUUAUCGCCAAAGCUUAACAGAGAGAUGAAGCUCUCGUAUUGCUUUUGAAACUGAGAAGUGCCCGCUGUAUGUUGAUGCAAGGAGUGGUACUCAUAACUGUACAUUCCGUAGAUGAAUAAACUCGUAGACGUUUUAUAAAGAAAAAGAAAAACAUCCUAGUCGCUGAAGGGAGUAAUUCUCUCAGUUUUUUACAUUGUAAAGAUCAUCAAUUUGUGAAGAUCGAAAAUGGUGGUCACUGCAAAUCAAGGUUUCCAUAGACGCAGUUUAUAAAAUUGUUAUUCAAAGAAAGUAAUAACAUCACUUGCCAAUAAACCUUGUGUUUCCUGUCAUAAA